UUUUUGCGCAUGCGUUUUGUAUUUACACUUCCUGUUGACAUUCGCUACAGUUUGAGUUUCAGUAUUUUCUAAAAGAAGAAAGAAAAUGUGAUCCUGCACGCUGCAGAAAGAGAUUUUAUGUGCAGAUAGCGUAUGUUGCUGAUAGUUAUUACACAGAAACAAAUUAAACAUGGCAUUACCAUCCAUGCCGCACUACUGGACAACCCGAAGGAACGUUUAUGAGCAGGCCAUUGUUAGGAACCGAAAUCAUGAUGACCAUCUACGAGAGAGGUGGGGCCACACAGCUGACUACUUCCAGAGGUCUAACAUAGCAGCAACAAAACAGACGGAAUGGGAGUCCGAAAAAUCCCUGAAGUCCAGGUAUGAGUCCGAAAAAUCCCUGAAGUCCAGUAUGGAUGCCUACCAGAAAGGAAAAGACUCUGAAAAGAAAGCAAAAAACUUAGCUCUACGCAGAGAGAAACUAGCAGCCAUGUUAAGACAGGAGAGAUAUAAGUUUGAAGCAGAACUGAAGGGAUAUUCAUUGGACAAUUUUGAUCGUCUGGAAGAUAUGAAGGAUCGAGUGGACUCCUUAAGGAGUGCUCGAGAAGAAAAACGAAAAAAUUUGGCUGAGGAGAAACUUUAUGAACACUGGAGACAAAACAACCCAGAUAUCAGAAAGAUUGAAGCGGAGCAGCUGAAGGAUCAUGUGGUGGACAAGUGGGGGUCUCAAAUGGAAGAGUUUAGAGAGAAAGAAGAGCAGGAAAGAAUUGAGAAAGAAAAGUUCGAGAGAGAGAUGGAAGAAGAACGAGUAGCAGCACUGGAAUUGGAGAGACAGAAGGAAGAAGAUCGGUUAGAGGAGGAGAAGAAAUGGAAGGAUGUAUUGAGGGAGCAGAUGUUUGAGCUCCGAGAUCGAGAAGCUGAGGCGGAGAGACUGAAGAAGGAACAGGACGCCCUGCAGACAGAACAGUGGAGGCUGGAAGAUUUAGAAGAUGAACGCAAAAAGAUGGAGUCAGCUCGUGGUCAACGCGAAAUGGGUCGCAUGCUACUGAGGCAGCACAAGGCUCAGAUGAUGAGAAGAUCUCGACAAAUCCAAGAAGAGCUGGAACAAGACAAGAGGAUGUUAGAGGCUCUGAUUGAGAGAGAAAACGAGGAACGAGAGAUGCUGACCACACGACGGGAAAAGGCCCAAGCUGACGCAGCAUGGAUGAAGCAGGUGAUCGAGGAUCAGUUACGAGUAGAGAAGGCGAGAGAGGCAGAGCUGGACAUGUUGUAUCAAGAAGAAGCAGCUCGAAUGUGGGAGAAGAGGGAUGCAGAGUGGGCCCGAGAAAGCAAGGCCAGGGAGAGGCUGAUGUCAGAGGUAUUUAAAGAUAGACAACAACAGAUUGAGGAGAAGUUAGAGGAGGUGCAGCAGGAACGAGAAGAAUCGCUACGGCAACGGGAAAAACUGAUCGCAGAGAUGGAGAUAGCCAAUCAAAUGACACAACGUGAUCUUGAAAAGGCUGAAGAACAGAAAGAGGCCCUCAAACUCGACCUCGAAGGACAGAUCACAUCACGUCAAGAGCAGAAGUUGACGUCCCGACAGAGGAUGGUGGAAGAGGAAGAAAAUGAAAAACGUCAAGAGCAGGACUACGAGGACUUCCUGCAAAAGGAGACGGAGAGAAUGAGAGUUCGGGGUUUUGCCCCAAAGGUACAGUCAUUCACACUAAUGACCAUUCUGUUUAUUGUGACUCACUGCAACUGUUAAACAAGAUGUACCAUUCAGGACUGGAAGAGCAGUGAUUCUGUACACAAUAUUUAAUUUCAUCAUUACUACUGUACCUAAUAAUGAAACUAAAUUUUGUCACAAUGAAAUAUUACUUUAAAACAUGGUUAUAACGAACCUCCCGCAGAAACAGUUUGUUACAACCAAACUUCACCAUACAGUGAAGCACAGUUAUAGUGAACUUCCAGGCCAGCAAAACACACUUCAUUAUAACCAAACUUCAUUAUCCAGUAAAGCACAGUUAUAGUGAACUUCCAGGCCAGCAAAACACACUUCAUUAUAACCAAACUUCAUUUAUAUCUAAUAAAUUUUUUUUUGAUUUUUCUCUCAUAGCGGGAGUAAAUAUCACUUCAAAAUAAACAUGAAUUUGUUAUAAGCCUGUUCGUUAAAAGCGUGUCUUACUGUAUAAGAACAUAGAUUGCUAUAAAAAUGUUACGAUUAUAA